GUUGCAACCAUUUAACGAAGCAGAAGAAGAAAAAAAAAAAGGAAAACGAAGAAGAAGGAGAUCCGAUUUGAUUUUAUAAUCUUAAGAUUUUAAUUUAAUUCGUUGAAUAUGCGACACUGUGAACAUAAACCUUCAUAUCGGUGUUUAUAAAUGUAAUAAUUCUAAAACAUGAAGCUGUGAAAGUUCCUGGUUCACGGUGGAGAGGAUGAUCGACUCACCAUGAGGUCAACUUUAACUUUGUAACAUCAGCAGACACUAACAGAUGAUGUCUGCCCUGCUUUGCCGUGUUCCAACAUGUACAGCAGGUCUGAAAAGGUUUGGAUUUGACACCAUGAUGGCUCAGAGGUCAGGCAGACUCGGUGCUUCCUGCUCCAGGUGUCUCUCAGUCUCUGCUCGACCUGCUCCAGUGAAGAGAGUCUCCAUCGAGGGCAACAUAGGUGAGAAGAACACAAAACAACACCUGGGACCUCUAAAGGAAGAGCCAAGUGUCCCACAGCUGUUGGAAAGUCGACCUUUUCAAGACUCCUGCAGUCGGCUUGUUCAGACUGGGAGGUGAUGGCAGAGCCAGUCAGUAGGUGGCAGAACAUCGAGAGCGGCACCUCCAAGGUGAGCGACGGAGCGCCCCCGCAGACGACAGUCAGCAACCUGCUGCAGAUGAUGUACCAGGACCCUCAGCGCUGGUCGUACACAUUUCAGACGUUUUCAUGCAUGAGCCGACUGAGGACGCAGCUGCAGCCUCCUCCAGCCCGCCUGCUCGGCUCGGAGGGAACGCCCGUGCAGGUGUAUGAACGCUCGGUCUACAGCGACAGAUACAUCUUUGCCCUGAACAUGUUUGAGCUCGGCUGCAUCAACUCCACAGAGUGGGCCGUCUAUCAGGACUGGCACUCCCUGCUGGUGGAGGAGUUUGGCCACCAGGUGGAGCUAGAGGGCAUCAUCUACCUCCGAGCUCCUCCACAGAAAUGCAUGGAGCGUCUGGAGCGGCGAGGGAGGGCGGAGGAGGAGGGAGUGAAGCUGGACUAUCUGGACAAGCUGCACGUUCAACACGAGAGGUGGCUCGUUGAGAAGAGCACUGAAAUACAUUUUGAGAAGUUGAAACAGAUUCCCGUGUUACAACUCGAUGCCAGUGUGGAGUUUCAGAGGGACCCAGAGGUGCGGGAACAAUUCAUAACAAAGGUGAAGAACUUCUUCAACGCUUUGUGAAGAGACGGCGAGUUCAGCUCCUGAAACCAGUCAGACCUCCGACAGCACAGCUCUGUGGUGCGGUCCAUUCCAAGAUGCCAGUUUGAUACGUCAUCAGGACCUUACUUCUUGUUAGUUCUGAUCUUCAGAUUUAAAGCUUUUUGUUGUUUACUUGUUUAUUUGUUUGUAGUUAAGAUACUCCAUCGUUGUACUGUUUGUUACACUUGAAAUACUGAUAACGGUUCCUCUCUCUUAACACAAUAAAACACACAUCUUAGUGACUGAAAUGCAAAUGUUAAUGUGAUUUUACAACCUCAGUUUGUUUAAUAAAGGGAAAGUAUGGAUCCAGUCAAACUGUGUACAUUGAUAGUGAAUAAAAUAAAUUGCUUUUUUGUGA